GGCUCCCGCGCCGCGCUCGCCUUUGUCCGCCCUCCGGAGCGUGCGGCGUCGCAGCCUGAGGCGGCGGCUGCCCGUUGGCCCCGCGCGCCGCGGCGAUGCCGGACCAGAUUUCCGUGUCGGAAUUCGUGGCCGAGACCCUUGAGGACUACAAGGCGCCCACGGCCUCCAGCUUCACCACGCGCACGGCCCAGUGCCGGAACACGGUGGCGGCCAUCGAGGAGGCUUUGGAUGUGGACCGGAUGGCUCUUUACAAAAUGAAGAAAUCGGUGAAAGCAAUAAACAUCUCUGGGCUGGCGCACGUGGAGAACGAGGAGCAGUACACCCAGGCCCUGGAGAAGUUCGGUAGCAACUGUGUGUGCAGAGAUGACCCGGAUUUAGGGAGUGCAUUCCUAAAGUUCUCUGUGUUCACCAAGGAGUUGACAGCCCUAUUCAAAAAUCUGAUUCAGAAUAUGAACAACAUAAUCUCCUUCCCUUUGGACAGUUUGCUGAAAGGUGACCUGAAAGGAGUCAAAGGGGAUUUGAAAAAGCCCUUUGAUAAAGCUUGGAAGGACUAUGAAACAAAAAUAACCAAAAUAGAAAAGGAGAAGAAGGAGCACGCCAAGCUCCACGGGAUGAUUCGCACUGAAAUAAGUGGAGCUGAAAUCGCAGAGGAGAUGGAGAAGGAGAGGCGCUUGUUCCAGCUCCAGAUGUGCGAGUAUCUGCUGAAGGUGGAUGAAAUCAAGACUAAAAAAGGAGUGGAUUUACUUCAGAAUCUGAUCAAAUACUUCCAUGCCCAGUGCAACUUUUUCCAGGAUGGUCUGAAAGCAGUGGAAAGCCUCAAACCUUCCAUCGAGAUGCUGUCCACCGACCUUCACACGAUCAAGCAGGCCCAGGAUGAAGAAAGAAAGCAGCUGAUACAGCUUCGAGAUAUUUUGAAGUCGUCAGUACAGGUUGAGCAGAAAGAGUCUAGGAGAGACUCACAACUUCGACAGAGUACAGCUUAUAGCUUACAUCAGCCUCAGGGAAACAAGGAACAUGGCAUGGAGCGGAAUGGCAACCUCUACAAGAAAAGCGAUGGGAUCCGUAAAGUGUGGCAGAAAAGGAAAUGUUCAGUGAAAAAUGGUUUUCUGACCAUAUCCCACGGUACCGCUAACCGGCCUCCCGCAAAGCUCAACCUGUUGACCUGCCAGGUGAAGACCAACCCCGAGGAGAAGAAGUGUUUUGACCUCAUCUCACAUGACAGGACAUACCACUUCCAGGCAGAGGAUGAGCAGGAGUGCCAGAUAUGGAUGUCAGUGCUGCAGAACAGCAAGGAGGAGGCUUUGAACAAUGCGUUUAAGGGUGAUGACAGUACAGGAGAGAAUAACAUUGUCCAGGAGCUGACCAAGGAGAUCAUCUCGGACGUGCAGAAGAUGACGGGCAACGAUGUGUGCUGUGACUGUGGAGCACCAGAUCCGACAUGGCUUUCCACCAACCUGGGCAUCCUGACCUGCAUUGAAUGUUCCGGAAUCCACCGAGAGCUAGGGGUUCACUAUUCCAGGAUACAGUCCCUGACCUUAGAUGUGCUAGGAACAUCUGAGUUGCUGCUUGCCAAGAAUAUUGGGAAUGCAGGCUUUAACGAGAUUAUGGAGUGCUGCCUGCCAGCUGAGGACGCUGUCAAACCCAACCCGGGCAGCGACAUGAAUGCAAGGAAGGACUACAUCAUGGCCAAGUACAUCGAGAGGAAGUACGCAAGGAAGAAACACACAGACAGUGCUGCAAAGCUGCAUAGCCUGUGCGAGUCCGUCAAAGCGAGGGCCAUUUUCGGAUUGCUCCAGGCCUAUGCCGAUGGUGUGGAUCUGACGGAGAAGAUCCCCCUGGCCAACGGCCACGAGCCAGAUGAGACGGCGCUGCAUCUUGCAGUCAGAUCCGUGGACCGGACUUCUCUCCACAUUGUGGACUUUCUUGUUCAGAACAGUGGGAACCUAGACAAACAGACAAGCAAAGGCAGCACGGCCCUGCACUACUGCUGCCUGACAGACAAUGCUGAGUGCCUCAAGCUGCUGCUGCGAGGCAAGGCCUCCAUCGAGAUAGCGAACGAGUCUGGAGAGACCCCGCUGGACAUCGCCAAGCGCCUGAAGCAUGAGCACUGCGAGGAGCUGCUGACCCAGGCCUUAGCCGGGAGGUUCAUCUCUCACGUCCAUGUUGAGUAUGAGUGGCGGCUGCUGCACGAGGACCUGGAUGAGAGUGACGAUGAUGUGGAUGAGAAGCUGCAGCCUAGUCCCAACCGGCGGGAGGACAGGCCCGUCAGCUUCUACCAGCUGGGGUCCAGCCAGCUUCCGCCCAGUGCUGCAUCUUUGGCCAAGGACAAGCCGAGGAGCUUUGUGCCCAGCAUCCUGCAGAAUGAGACCUAUGGAGCCAUCCUGAGCAGCAGCCCGCCCCCGUCCCAGUCCGCAGCCCCCAGCACCACCAGUGCCCCCCCCCUCCCGCCUCGGAACCUUGGCAAAGUUCAGACAGCCUCCUCAGCUAGCACCCCGUGGAAGACAAACUCUGUAGGUGUGGAUGGUGUCAGCAGGCAGCGAUCUUCGUCAGAUCCGCCAGCUGUCCACCCACCGCUGCCCCCUCUGCGAGUGACAUCGACCAAUCCUCUGACCUCUACGCCACCCCCUUCCGUGGCCAGGCCGCCCCCUGUGCUAGAGGCCCUGAGCCAGCCGAGCAAGGCCCCGCCGCCUGAGGCCUCCCAGAGCAAGGCCCUGCCACCCCAGCCGCCCAGCCGCCCGCCACAGAAGAAGCCAGUGCCCGGGGCCGACAGGCCAACCCCACUGGGCAGCAAGGGCCAGCCACGAGGACCGGAAGCUGCGGGUGCCCUGUCCAAUGCUGCAGGCCUGCAGCCACCCGCGCCCAUGCCCAGGAAGUCUCAGGUGACCAAGUUGAAGCCCAAGCGGGUCAAAGCACUCUAUAACUGUGUGGCCGACAACCCAGACGAGCUGACUUUCUCUGAGGGGGACGUGAUCAUCGUGGAUGGCGAGGAGGACCAGGAGUGGUGGAUCGGCCACAUUGACGGAGACCCCAGCCGCAAGGGAGCCUUCCCUGUGUCGUUCGUGCACUUUAUUGCUGACUAAGUCACCAAACACAAGCCCUUUUCAGCUGUUCCAUUCUGGGCUCAUCAUUGGUACCAAAAUUCUCACCAGAUCACCACCCUCGAUGAUCAUGCCGUACGGUAGCCUGUUCUCUGUCCUACCAGUGUUUGGUUUUAAAAACUCAAAGGCAGUUUUUACAUAAAAGCAAAUUGUUUCUAUAAUUUGCAGUUUUCGUGAAAUAUUGCUCUACUUUUAUUAGGAAAAACUGAAUUUCCUAAGGUGAACUGAAAAGUUAUUUUAACUAUAUAACCAAGAUCCUGCAUUUACAGAAUUAGCUAACCUUAAAAGUGUUGAAAUGAAGACUCUUAGAAAUUCUUCCUGCUUUUCUUGGUUCGAUUCUGGAGUUAACUAUUUUAGGAAGCCAGUAAACUGCCACUCUAAAAAUCCACAGCCAGCCAUGCAUGGUGGUGCACGCCUGUCAUCCCAGCACUCUGGGAGGCUGAAGCAGCAGGAUCCCAAGUUUGUCCCCAGCCUGGGCAACUUAGCCACUUAGCAAGACAAAAGACCCUGAGUUCAAUCUCAAGUAUGGGGGUGGGGGUUAAAAAUAUUUUAUGGCACAUGAGAAUUACGUGAAAUUCACAUUACACUGCCCAUCAGUAAGGCUUUGUGUCCACAGUCAGGCCCAGGAUUUCUCCAUCAGUUCACCUUUAAAGACACAUACGCCCUGGAAACUCACCCAGCGUAUUUAAAGCAGCUUGGGGAUUUGCACCUCACUAGCCUUGUCCUGUGUCCUGUCCUGCAUGUGUGUGACCUGUGUCGGGAACAGUCAAGCUCAACCAGGCUUACGGUGGCCCAUGACAACAUAUGGAAAUAGCAGUCCAUUCCUUCCAGAAACCGCAGGUGAUGGACUGCAAAACAGCUCCCUAACCCAGUUGAUGCGCCUUUGGUGUUUUGGCGUUUGCCUUCUCGUUUCCCCAUGACACAGAAAGCAGCUGUGUUCCCUCUGGUUCCUGUUGUGUGUGCCACUCACUGCCCUUUCUGUCCCGAGGACGUGCCCAGCUUAGCAUGUCAUAUCUAUAGAAUAUGCCAACAGAAUGGUCGCUCCACUGUCUUGACAUUUAUCUGUCCAUGUGUACUCCAGAACCAUCAGGAACCUAGGUCCUGGGGAAUGCAAUGCUCCCGCGUACCCGUCUUCCUGCUUGAGGCCAUCGAUGUCACUGAACCUUACACUACUGGGGGAGGGGUGGGGAUUAGGUUGUAUGUGAGAAAAUCCAAACUCAUCAGCGUAACGAACCUGACUCAUACCUCUACCUAGUAAUUAUGGGCAUAGAUUCACAGUAAGAGAUUGGAAAUCUUGGCACUCUUUCAGAAUAAACAGGCAAGUGAUACCCACUUGGAAUUUUGAAUGAAAAUAAAGGAAUAAUGUAAGUGUAGGCUUGGAAAGCAAGCAGACAGUGCUGUACCACAUGAUGCUGUGCCAUUCGUUGGGAUGGCACAUUUGAUCGAAGCAGCUUGUCUUCAUGAUGCAAGACUCUCAUAACUGUGGAGCUUUUAAAAAUUUUUUUGUCACUGUAUUUUUGUUCACUCUGAUAAAGGAAGACAGAACAAACUGGAAUGUCUUAUGAUGCUGGCUAGCCAGCCAUUGCUUUUUGCCUUUCAGCGUUCCAGGUAAAUGUGUUAGAUCUGUAAUUACAGUCUAUUUCUUAAGCACUACAUCUAACUUCACUCCUGUUACUUUCUGCUGUUUGAACCCUCUGCUGAGUCAUUUUCUCAGAUCUGAGUGUGAGUGCACAGAUUCCGCAUGGCGCAUGGCUGCCCGCGUCUGUGACACCUGGUGCCAGGGAUCUGAGGAAUUGAGCUGAUUCACAUUAACACUUGAACUCCAGCCCCAAAUUAAUCUACCAGGCCCACUGGUACAGAAACACCUGGGAAAUAUUUUCCCAGUCUGCAAUUCAGUGGUGCUAUCGUGCAGCCAUGAAUAGUCCUCUUGCCCGAGGAGAAAUUCUAUUCACUUCCCCACAGAUGUCUUUUCCUAGUUAUUUGCUCUUCAGAAAAGGAAAAAAAAAAAAAAAGCAAACCUGAGAGGAAGGAGAACAUUGUAGAUAUCUAUUUAUAUUUAAAGUUUACAUUUCAUGAGCUUCAGCUGCAGGACUCUGGCAUUUCUGCGUGCCAGUUUCCACCAGAUCUGAUGCAGAAGGCUGGCGCUCAGCUAUGCGCGCCUGGGAUGAUGCUGUUUAGAUGUAUUAUAUUCAGUCCACUCACUUGAUCACUUCGGUCUAGGUGCAGCGCAACUGUAUAUAUUGUAUAACGGAAAUUGAUUCUUAUUUUCAUUGUUCUUAUGGCAGUGAUUUAUAAUUAGAGCAUGUUUAAUAAAGUUUACUCUCCUUGUUAACUAGUCAUUUGACUAGAAAAAUAAAAUACUUUUAAAUGGA